AUGCUGGCUAGAAAUGCUUGGAGAAUUCUAGAAGAUCCAAAUUGUGUGCUAGCCACUGUUCUUAAAGCCAAAUACUUUUCUAGAACUGAUUUCUUCUUGAGUGCCAAGUGCACUAGUAAUGCUCUUGGACAUGGAAGUGUUUGCAUGCUAUCAAAAAACUCAUUAAGCCUUUCAUUUCCUGGAUUGUUGGGGAUGGUCAUUUCAUUGACCCCAGGAUAUGUGAUGAAGAAUUUCUCAAGCAAAUCUUCUUUUUGUGCCUCCCUGGUUUUUGAAGUAAAGUCUGCUGAAGAAGCUGAAGCCAGAGCUAUUUGGGCAGUCCUCAAGAAAGCCUUGGAUCAGAAGUUAACUCGUAUCAUCGUUGAAAGUGACGCAAAGACUCUUAUUGAUCAAUUUUCAGAUGGCUCAUUUGAUGGAGACUCUCGUACGGAUGCCAUCUUUAAAUUAUCAUCAGUUAAGACGUGUUUGGGAAAUAAGAAUAUGGAGGUUACCAAUACAACCGUUCAGAAUACUUAUCCAACUGCUACAUUCUUAGAAAACUCUUCUACAAUAACUGAUUCAAUACCAUCUCUUCAACAACUGAAUUCAGAACUUGUUAGCGGAAAAUCUAUUCUUUUUGAACAGCAACAGUUGUCUACUCACUACAACUUCAAUAGAUCUCAGACUCUUCAAGUUUCAGAUUCAUUUCAAUUUGUUGCAAAGAAGCUAAAAUCUUCUACAACAGAGGUAUCUAAUAAGUCAGUCAAUGAGAAUCUUCAUCAACUUAUAUCCAGGGCAAACCGAAAUUCACAGGAUAGUCACAGUGGACGGAUUUUAUGGAAUCCCCAACAACCAACCAAGACUGCCAGGGGGAGUGAACGGAAAUCGUUGGAUAGGGAUUUUCGCUUUGCCUCUGUUUCGAAAUCAGCUUCCUUCAGAAAUACUAGUGGCGCUAAACGAAUGCAGGAUGAAUCAUGCAUCAAUUCUGGAGGAUUACAAUCAGAGAUGGCUGCAAGAAUCGAGGAGGAUUCAGAUGAUCAAUGGGAGGUGGCGGCUAGUCCUAAUAGGCUGCAUGAUCCAUGCUACUCAAAUCAUUGUAUUGUUCCUGUGGUUGGGCGUAGUGGUGGAUUAUGGUUGCUCUGGAAAGAAGAUAUUGAUGCGGAAGUUAUAUCUUUUUCUAAUAAUCUCAUUCAUCUUCAAGUUAAGCAAUCUGGUCCAUAUCCUUCAUGGAACCCGUUUUCAGUCUAUGGUCCACCACAAAGACCAGAUAGAGCUCAAUUCUGGCAGAGUUUAUCCAUUUAUUCACAAUAUGUAGCUGGUCCAAAAUGUUACAUAGGAGAUUUUAAUGUUGUUUCAUCCUUAAGAGAAAAACAUGGAGGGGAUCAAUCAUUAAACAGUACCAUAUCUAAUUUUAAUGGUUUUAUUCAUGAAAAUCAUUUACUAGACUUGGGAUACUCUAGACCGGCAUAUACAUGGAGUAAUGGUAGGCAAUUUCAAAAUCUCAUUAGACAAAGACUCGACAGAGUUCUUGCUUCUCCAGAUUGGUGUUUGUUAUUUGAAAACGCUGAUGUCUUGCAUUUGCCAAGACUUUCAAGUGAUCACUCUCCGAUAAUCUUAAAUACAAGAAGAAAUAUUCAAAGGAACCCUCCUUCUUAUAGAUUGGAAGCUUACUGGUGUGCCCAUCCUGAUUUUCUUAAAGUUGUAUUGGAAAAUUGGAAUAUAAAUCUCUCAGAUGAUUUGGUGACUAAACUGGGAUGUCUAGAUAGAUUUCUCAAAAAUUGGAGCAAAGAAAAAAUUGGUUGUAUAAAGAACAAAAUAAGAAGAUUGAAGAAAACAUUGCUGCAACUACAAAGUUUAAUUCCUUCUCCAGCCUCCAUUCAAAAAGAAAAGAUAAUUUUUGAACAACUUAAUGAAUUUAUUUUGAUGGAAGCAACAUAUUGGGAGCAAAGAAUGAAGCAAAUGUGGUUAAAGAAUGGUGAUAUAAACACAAAACAAUUUCACCUAUCGGUACAACAGAGAAGAAAAAAGAACAACACUUCUUGUAUACAAAAUUCUUCUCAACAAUGGCUAACAACUCCAACAGAUAUAUCAGAGGAAUUGAUUACCUUCUUCAAAACCCUGUUUCAAGAAUAUACUAACACCAAUAUUCCUUCAAAUAUGAAACAUUCUUCAUAUAUUAUGGAUCCGGAAGUAAAUUCUUCGAUUUCUGAUACUCCAUCGGGUGAGGAAAUAUGGAAUGUGGUACGAAAGAUGAACUCUUACGGCUCUCCAGGACCGGAUGGUUAUCCAGUGGUGUUUUACAAAAAUUGUUGGCCUAUCAUUGGUGAAGAUACUACAAAAUGUAUUCAACAAAUUUUCAUCUCUGGCAAUAUACCAAGUAAGAUAAAUCAUACCCAUUUAUGUCUUAUUCCAAAAGUCAAAAAUCCAGUUUUGGCUAUAGAAUAUAGACCAAUAGCAUUAUGUAACGUGCUAUAUAAGAUUGUGGCUAAAAUUCUAGCUACUAGGAUCAUCCCGUAUCUAGGUUUAUUUAUCUCUUGGUCUCAGAAUGCUUUUGUGAAGAACAUGCAAAUUACUGAUAAUAUUGUAAUUGCUAAAGAGAUUUUUCAUUCAAUGAAUAAAUCAAAAGCAAAACAAGGAUUCUUUGCUUUAAAGGUGGAUAUGUCAAAGGCGUAUGAUAGGAUUCCAUGGUCUUUUUUGGAUUAUAUGUUGCAUCAAAUAGGAAUUCAUGAUCAAACUCAUAAUUUGAUAAUGAACUGUGUUACUUCUUCAUCUUUCUCCAUACUGUUACAUGGUGCUCCUUAUGGAAAUUUCGCGAGUGGUAGAGGAUUACGUCAGGGUUGUCCUCUAUCACCCUCUUUGUUUAUCAUCAGUUCUCAGGGAUUAUCACUUGUUAUGGAGAAGUUCGAAAGUACAAGUCUCUAUAAUUGUUAUAGGAUUAAUUUCCAGUCACCAAUUAUAAGUCAUUUAAUGUUUGCUGAUGACUUAUUCUUUUUUGGGGAAAAUUCAGAGGAGAAUGUGGAUCAACUAAAACUUAUCAUUGAUACUUAUUCUUCUUUCUCUGGUCAAGUUAUUAACUUCUCAAAGUCUUCAGUUCAUUUCAGUAAGGGAUGUACGGUGCCAUACAGAUACAUGACGAUUCAAAAACUAGGUGUUAAUGAGAUGCAAAUUGAAGAAAAAUAUCUGGGAACAUAUCUGUUAAAAUCUGAUCGUAAUAUCGAUACUUUUGAACCUCUGAAUUCAAAGUAUGAUGCAAAAUUAUCGGGAUGGAGAUCUUUGUUUGUUAAUCAGGUGGGGAGAACAGUUUUGUCCAAAACUGUUUUAUCUACUAUUCCAAAUUUCUUAAUGGGAACUUGUAUUCUACCAAAAGGUGUUACAAAAAAAUUAACACAGACACAGAGGGAUUUUUACUGGGGUCAUGAUUUACACACAAGAAAACAUCAUUUCUUCAAAUGGGAAAAAGCUAUGAAAUCAAAGGAGGAUGGAGGUUUGGGUAUUCGGAAUAUGGAACUGUUGAAUCAAUCACUUGUUAUAAAACUUCCGAUGCCGGGAGACACAAAUACUUGGAAGGACAUGCUAGAAGUCAGAGAUAAUAUCCGAAAUAAUUAUUGUUGGUUUAUAGGAUCUGGUGACUCCAUUAAUAUUUGGAAAGAUCUUUGGGUUCUUAAUAUCCCUGGAUUUAGGCCAACAAAACGGCAGAGUUGCAACCUUCAGGUGGAUAUAAUUUCAAGUAUGUAUAUACCUCAAGAUGUGGAAGUCCAAGACACUUUAAUUUGGUUAAAAACUCCUUCUGGAAAAUUUAGUACCAAGUCUAGUUACAAGUUAUUGUCUGACAAUAUCCCUAUGAAUUCUAUGGUGGCAGAAUUUCCAUGGAAAAGUUUUUGGAAGAAAUUAAAGGUUCAACCUAAAAUCCAGAACUUUAUUUGGAAGGCACUACAUGAAGGUCUUGCGGUCUACACAAAUAUAAAGAGUUCUAAUCAUCAGAAUCAGAAAAUUUGUCCUCUUUGUAAUAUGGUGGAAGAAACUGGUUUUCAACUUUUGUUUAAAUGUCAGUUUGCUUUAACAGUUUUUCAGGCGAGUCCAAUUCUUAUUGAGAUUCAGGGAGAAAAUGUCAUGCAAACUAUUCAGCACUGGAUUUCUUAUCAAGACAAAGGAAUUAUGUUAAACUUGGGAUCCUGUUUUGUGUGGAACAUCUGGAAAACAAGAAACAAUCUAAUAUUCAACAACACUCAGGCUAUGGUUGAUGAAGCACCUCCUAUAUCGUUUGUGAAGAUAAAUGUAGAUGUUGAUUUCAAUAAUGGAAAGGGUGCGGUGGCAGCAGUGGCAAUAGACUCAAAUGGAUCUCAUAUGGGUAGUGGUGCCAUAUGUUUUGACACUUUUUCAGCAGCAGUGGCGGAAGCAAAGGCUUAUGGCUUUGGAAUGCAACUAGCAAAAAGGCUACAACUUUCUAGAGUAAUUGUGGAAGGUGAUGCUGAUGAAAUUCCAAAAGCAAUUACAGGGAAUACGAAUACAAUACCGUGGAGCCUUCGUUCUACGGUUUUAUCAAUUUUUGACCGCGUCAAGGAAUUUAGUGACAUUAGUUUUGUUUCUGUUCCUAGAGACGCAAACUCAAUUACGCAUGACUUAGUUCAAUACGCAAAUUCAAACUCUUUAAAUAGAUGGUGGUAUCAUGAAGAGCCACUUGAUUGUAUUAUGCAACACCUCAACUUUUCUAAGGAUUAA